AACUAGAUAUAUCUCACUGUUGAAGAAAGGAGGCAAAACAAAUUUACAAGGAAUCUCUUUAUAGUGUUGUGAAAAAAACUAUGAGAGAGAGAGGUAGAGAGAGAGAGAGAGAGAGGAACAGGAGGAAGACAGAGAACACGGGCAACACGGACAACAUGGAAUCGGAAGGAUGCAUCAACCAGAGGAGGAAGCCAAUGGAGAGGCCUAGAGUCAAUCAAUCAGAAACAGGGGGAACAAGGGCAUCAAAAGAACAGCAGGACGCAAAAUGGAGCUAUGCAGAUAUGUGGAGAACAUUUCUAAAAUAUGGACGGGUAUAUGAUAUAUACAGUCCAAACAGGAAAAGCAGGAGCGGGGCAAGGUUUGGGUUUGUCAGGUUUCUCAAUGUGCAUGACAAAAGAGAACUAGAGAGUCAACUUGAUCAGAUAUGGGUUGGAGACUGGAAACUAUGGGUUAACUCUCCAAGAUUCGAUGAUGUGAAGAAGGAAGAAAAGAAGGAAGGAGAAGGGCAAGGAUUAAUUCCAAAGUAUCAGAAUAGAAGCUAUGCUGAGGUAUUAAGAGGAUAUGGAGCUGGAAAUGUGGAAGGAGCGAACAAGGGGCAGUACAGAACAGAGCCGCGGGAAAAAAAUGAGAACAGGAUAAGGGAAAGCUCUGGGAUAGCAGAAAACAGAAAAGUAUGGAAAGAGAAAGGAAAAGGAGCAAGCUGGACUGGAAUGGAAUACAAUAUUAAAGAAGAAGAAUUUGCAUGGCUUGAGGGUUGCUAUGUGGGGACAGUACACUCAGUAGAAAUGGUCAGAAAUUUGCAAGAGAAAUUCUACAUGGAGGGGUAUUUCUAUUGUAGAGUUCGUGCAAUGGGGGGUAAGAUGGUUUUGUUGGAUUGUGAAGAAAAAGAAGAGUUAAAGGAUCUGGUAGAAAUGGCUGUUGAAUGGCUUGCACAAUGGUUUAAUGAAAUCAAACCGUGGUCACCAGAAUUGGUUGCUCAGGAAAGAUCAGGGGAGGAAGAUGAUGAGGUGGCAGGUGAAAGGGGUAUAAACGAAAAAAAUCAUCAAUCACAAGAAGAGGAAGUGGCUGCAGUCAGCUUGGAGAAAUUUCAAAAUUCAAACACAGGAGCAGGUAGAGUAGGCCGGCUGGGUGAGACGCAGGGGCAUGGGGAACCGUCAGCUCCGACAGUGCAUAGGGAACAGGCAAUUUUAGCAGAAAAUUGGGAAAAAGAAGGGGUAGAAACGGGCCUAGAAAAGCAGGAAACAAAGAGGACAAGAAAAGGGCCCAAACAGUCACAAACAAGGAGUGUGGACAAGGAAUCAAUAGCCUGCAGCUCGGCCCAGUUCGUGACAAGCCCAAUAGGUCCCAACCGAAGUGAAUUUUCUAGAAUUGAAGAAACAGAGCAUGAAAUCUCAGAAGAGGAAGACAUAGACCCAUUCUGGAAAGGAUUUGAAAAUCAGGGAGUUUCAACUGCUGGUGUGGACGAACAGAGAGGGAAGAAUCGAGAAAGGAAACGGACAGCAGAGAUGGGGAAGAAGGUGAAGCCGGCGAGCAACUCAAUGUCCGGUUGUAGAGCAGCGAGGGUUUCAAUUGGAGACACCGAGAUCAGGAAUUGCAAUAGACUAGCGGAGAGACAGAGACAAGAGCAGCAACCGACAAAUCUAUGGGAUUUUGCGAAGAAGCUAGGGGUAGUGGCUGUGGAUGAACAACAAAUUGUCAAAAGAAUUGAAGAAAUGGAGAAAAGAGAUAAAGAGGAGAAAGCAAGCAUGAUGCAGCUGGAGGAAGCUAGCUCGAAGAAGAAUACAGGGCUUAUUGAUUUACCAUUGGUGGGGAGGAGGUUUACAUGGUAUAAUUCCAAUGGGAAAUACAUGAGCAGAAUUGACAGAUUUUUGUUGACAGAGGAGUGGAUUUUGAAGUGGGGUGAUAUGAAACAAUGGGGCCUUAAUAGAACCGUAUCGGAUCACUGUCCUAUUUUACUGAAAAAUGAGAAGAUGGAUUGGGGACCAAAGCCAUUCAAAUUUUUUGAUGCUUGGCUUGAUCAACCGGGGUGCAAGGAGUUCAUCAGGAAAGUCUGGAAAUCUACCACAGUUAGGGGAUGGAAAGGGUACAAACUGAAGGAGAAACUGAAGAGAACAAAGAAAGAGUUGAAGGAGUGGAGUAGAAACUCAAUACCAGAAGUGGAUAGCAAGAUAAUGGAAGCUGAAAAGGAGAUUGCCACAAUAGAUGAAAAAGGAGAGAUCUGGGAUGCGAACACAAAGUAUUUCCAUAGAAGUGCGAAAGGAAGAUGGAGAAGAAAUGAAAUACUUUGUAUUCGCAUCAAUGGUGUCCAGCAUACAGGGGUGGCAGAAAUAAAGAAUGAGGUGGCAACAUACUUUGAGGAGUUAUUUACGGAAGAGAAAUGGGAGAGACCAAAGCUAGAUGGCAUUGAUUUCAAGAGGAUAUCUGAAGCAGAUAAUGACAUCCUCACUGCAGUUUUUUCUGAAAAAGAAGUCAAGGAAGCAGUGUGGGAAUGUGAAUCCUCAAAGUCCCCAGGCCCAGAUGGUUUUAACUUCAAAUUUGUAAAAGUCAUGUGGGAAGACAUUAAAUCAGAUGUUGUGGAGUUCGUGCAGGAGUUUCAUGAGCAAGGCAAGAUAGCUAAAGGCUCAAACGCUUCUUUCAUAGUCUUGAUCCCCAAAGUGGAAAACCCCCAAAAAAUUGAAGAGUAUAGACCCAUAUCACUCAUCGAUGUCAUGUACAAGAUCUUAGCUAAGAUUUUUGCAAACCGACUGCGGAUGGUGAUUGAUAAGGUGAUCGGGGAGCAUCAAAUGGCGUUCAUCAGGGGCAGACAACUAGCAAAAGGGGCUGUGAUUGCAAAUGAGGAGUUUCAUGAGCAAGGCAAGAUAGCUAAAGGCUCAAACGCUUCUUUCAUAGUCUUGAUCCCCAAAGUGGAAAACCCCCAAAAAAUUGAAGAGUAUAGACCCAUAUCACUCAUCGGUGUCAUGUACAAGAUCUUAGCUAAGAUUCUUGCAAACCGACUGCGGAUGGUGAUUGAUAAGGUGAUCGGGGAGCAUCAAAUGGCGUUCAUCAGGGGCAGACAACUAGCAGAAGGGGCUGUGAUUGCAAAUGAGGUGAUUGAUGAGGUAAAGAGAAAGAAGAAGAAAUCCUUCAUUUUUAAAGUUGAUUUUGAAAAGGCGUACGAUAAGGUAUGCUGGGGUUUCAUUGAAUACAUGAUGUUAAGAAUGGGUUUCUGUGAAAAGUGGAGAGGAUGGAUAAAAGAAUGCCUCAGAUCAAGCUCGGUAUCAGUCAUGAUUAAUGGAAGCCCAACAAGAGAAUUUAGGGUGUCUAAAGGUAUACGUCAGGGAGACCCAUUAUCACCAUUUUUAUUUCUCAUCGUUGCUGAGGGUUUGAAUGGGAUGGUUACUGCAGCAAGUGAAAAGCAGCUGUAUAAAGGAGUAAAGGUGGGCACCGAUGAUAUUAUGGUCUCACAUCUUCAGUUUGCAGAUGACACCAUUUUUUUCGGGGAGGCAACUGAUGAAAACAUCUGGGCUAUCAAAUGCAUAGUGAGAUCCUUUGAGUUGGUUUCAGGACUGAAAGUCAAUUAUGCUAAGAGUCAACUCAUGGGUGUUAAUGUGGAGGAAGCAUGGGUUGAAAAAAUGGCAUACAGAUUAUACUGCAAAAGAAAAGAUCUCCCAUUUAAAUAUCUGGGGAUCCCCAUUGGGGGGAAUCACAGAAGAAUUGCAAUGUGGCAUAAUCUAAUGGAAUCAGUGAAAAAGAAAUUAGCUCCAUGGAAAGGCAGAUAUUUAUCCUUUGGGGGACGCAUCACGAUCGUGAAUUCUGUGUUGUCUAGCUUACCCGUGUUCUUAAUGUCGGUCUACCUGCUUCCUAAAGGUAUUAUUCAUUUUAUUGAUAAAAUUCGCAAAAGUUUUUUAUGGGGUGGGGAAGGAGAAGGUAGAAAAAUUAAUUGGGUUAAAUGGGAGAAAGUUUGCAAAAAUAAGCUUUGUGGGGGAUUAGGAGUGAGAGAGAUGAGGAAGUUCAACUUAGCCUUAAUGGGGAAAUGGUGGGGGAGGCUAGCAAGAAAUGAACAGGGUUUGUGGGAUAAGAUUAUAGCUAGCAAGUAUGGAGGGAGUGGAGGCCAUUGGCUUGAUUGGGUAAGGGAUGGGAGGGGAAUAGGAUCACUAUGGUGGAGGGAUGUGGGGUGUCUCAACAAUGUGGAUGAGGAGAAAGAAGGGUGGCUAACAGAGGGUUUUAAGCUAAAAUUAGGAGAAGGGAAAGGAGUGAGCUUUUGGAGAGAUAAUUGGGGUGGGGAGGGAGAUCUUGCUAACCUUUAUCCAAGAUUGUAUAAUUUGUCAACAGGAAAGGAGAAAAAAUGUUGUCAAAUGGGCAAUGAGGAAGAUGGAAUAUGGAGGUGGAAUCUAGAGUGGAGGAGAGCUUUGUUCGACUGGGAAAGGGAAGAAGCAGCAGAACUACAACAAAAGAUUGAUAGCAUGCGGAUACACAAAGACAUCCCCGACACAUGGAAGUGGGAUGGACUGAUCCUCAGCAGGUGGAUGUACUGGUAGCAUUGAGCAACUUAUUGACUCUUGUUGGUUAUUAGACAGAGUCAGUAGAUGCUCAAUAUGUACCUAUUUUUGUAGCAUGGGCAGGAGUACCCCUUGUACUCUAUAUAAUAAACUAUAUUUGCUGUG